AUACGAGCCGCUGUCUGAACACAUGCAUCCAUUAUUUCUGCAAGCCAGACUCACUUCAACGUGAUGCGCUCUCGUCUACAGACCGCAUCCUUCUCUCUCCUCCUCUGUGAGGUGGGCUCAUUGAGGCGUUUCUGAGAAUACAGUAUCACCUGACUAUCUACCUGCCAUCGGCUUAUUAAGAACAGAUGAUGAUGAUAGAGGAGGAUGAAGCGGAGGCUCAUCAGGUGGAUAUGGAGUCGGAUUUGGACAGCAGACCUCGCUCAUGCAGCUGGACGAAUGACUUCUCGUGUGAGGUGAACGCGGAUCUGUCGCUUGAUCUCUCCAUAUUUAAAGUAGAUUCGGAUCAUGUUCCAUCACCAGCGUGCAGGAGGAGGAUGAUGAUGCUGGAUGCCGGAGGAUUUCACGACUUAACGGGAGCUGCGCUGCGCAAAACCAAGGCAUCCUCCCGGCGGAACGCGUGGGGAAACCAGUCCUACGCGGAGCUCAUCACCCGAGCCAUCGAGAGCACACCCGAGAAAAGACUUACCCUGUCUCAGAUCUACGACUGGAUGGUCCGAUAUGUGCCCUAUUUUAAAGAUAAAGGAGACAGCAACAGCUCUGCCGGGUGGAAGAACUCCAUCCGCCACAAUUUGUCCCUGCACACGCGUUUCAUCCGUGUGCAGAACGAGGGAACUGGCAAGAGUUCGUGGUGGAUGUUGAAUCCUGAUGGAGGGAAGCCAGGGAAAGCUCUUCGCCGUAGAGCUGUCUCAGUGGACAAUGGCACCAAGCACUUGAAGAGCAAAGGGCGAGUGAACCGUAAAAAAAUAGCUAUGAAAGCAGAGCAGGGUACAGAGACAUUGUUGGGGUUCUGUAGCUCUCCAGAGCAUUGCAGUCCCACCAGGAAGUCUGGAACAGGUGGUGUGGUGGUUAGGGAGGAGUUUGAGACCUGGACGGAUCUCCAUUCAUUUGGCAGCUCUUCAGCUUCAACUCUUAGUGGUCGUCUAUCACCUAUACUAGCCGAGGGGGAAUUGGGGGAACCUGAUGUGGAGAGAAUUUCCUGUUCGGAAUCUCCACACCUGUACCCCAGUCCCUCCAGUGUCCACUCACCUGCUUCCCACUGUCCUGCAGAUCUCAGAGCAACAAUUAGCUACCAGCAGCACCAAUCCCCAUGUCAUAAACAGCCAUCUUACCAAUACACCAGUGACAUGAAGGGGCAGGACUCCAGCUGUGAAACAGUUUAUGGCCAGCCAAAUGUUGACCUGCUUCAGCACCACUCCUCCAUGCAGACUAUAGAGGAGAACUCCAGUGGUAUGCAGGCCUACAAGGGCACAAGCACUCUCCAGAGUUUGCUGACCAUAGGAGGACCCCAGUUCUGUGUCAAGGACAUGAUACUUGGAAAAGAGAAUGUGGUCCACUCAAUGAUGGUUGCUCAAGGAUCCAGAGAUCUGCAUCACAGUGAGAAUAAUGACCCUACCACUAACCCUUCCUCCAAACCAAUUCACGGCCACAACAUUAUUCGGAACUUGAGCCAGGACCAUCAGCCUGCAUUGGUCCACUCUCAGCCCAGUGAUGGACACAUGCAGUCGUACAUACAUAAAGCCCCUUAUCUAUAUAGUUCCCCAGUCAAUGUACAUAUUCCAGCAUCCUCCAUGCUUCCCCCAAACCCUGCAGGUAUGCAGGGAAUCUCACAGGACACCUGCCACCUUGCUACAGCUCCAUACCCACAACACCAUCCUUACAUUUACACAGAUCCACAUCAGCACAGUAUGGCAUAUGGACUGUACUGCCAACCUCAGGGGACGGGGACAGGUUACCACCACAACUUCCACCACCCUCACCAGCUCUACCCACAUGAGCGGUUGCCAGCAGACCUGGAUAUGGAUGUAUUCUACAGCAGCCUGGACUGUGACAUGGAGUCUAUACUCUUACAUGACAUUAUGGACUCGGGAGAAGAGAUCGACUUCAAUUUUGAUUCCUCACUGACACAAGGAAUGGGCAUGGGUUUUGGGUUUACGAGCACACAGCAGAGCCACAGCAAACAGAGCUGGGUGCCUGGAUAAAUGCCAUAGAAUCAUCAAAGAUUUUUUUCUCAAGACAUAACUACCUACAUGCCAGCCAGCAGUGGGGUCCCAACACUCCACCACAAUUCAGGGUGAAUACACUGUGCUGACACUGAAAUGAAAUCAAGAUAGAAAUCUCUCUUUUGAAAACCGACUUUGAAUUUAUGUUCUAUGUUGUGUGUCCAUGUAUUGAAAACCGCUCUGUUCCCUUUUGUUCCAUUUGCUGUGAGUGAAACUCCUUUAGUUUUGCUGACUGAACCAUGAUGACAAUCUAAGCUAUGUUAUCCAACAUUGUUUUGUUCUUCAGUCAAUGUUAUCUUGUGCACUUUAACUACAUCGAACAAAUCCAUCUUUAUAAGUUUGCCCUCCGAAAGGAGGAAUGCUUGGGACUCAAGUGUAGCAAAAACCUGGACCCAUUCCAAUUUUAGUGAACAAUUUCUCAUAGGUGCUACAUACUGCCAUGUGUAUGUGGAGUAUCAGUGAUUACUAAUUCUCAUUCUCCACCCCAAACAUGUCUCUUGUCCUCUUGAAUAAAGCAGGUGGACAUUCAGUGGGGUCUGCCAUUGUGUCAAAAAGUCAAUUUUAUUCCUCUACAUUUGUAUCUAACUCCAUCUCCCCAUGUCUAAACACCAUUUUUAAUUCGUGUGUUGUGGCA